AUGACAAACGUUGCCGCGACGGGGACCAGUACCGGAGUUAUGUCCGAGAAACGACUCCCUUAUGCCGUUACUCAGGACGAGCUUUUUUCUUCAGACUUUGAUCCAAAGUCGAUGAAGAAGAUUGCUUCGGAAUUGAUUUUACUUGCAGGGGGUGCCUAUGCGGUGCUUUUGCAAAUGGCGUACCCAGGCGUUGCCAAGGGUGUUGACGAGCACUCCAACUUCGCUUACAGACCAACGGAUCGCCUGCGAACCACGAUGACAUUUGUAUACUGCAUGAUGUACGGGACGCCCGAAGAAAAGAAGACGAUUGUCGAUUGGGUUCACAAGGCACAUUCCGUCGUGAAAGGCCCGGACUAUUCCGCUGACGACCCAGACCUCCAGCUGUGGGUUGCGGCAACGUUGUACGGCGCCGCCACCGAGAUCCACGAGAAAUUCUUCGGCAAGCAAAGCGAGAAGGAGGCAGACAAGAUCUACCGCGAAUACUCCAUCAUCGCGACGUCUCUUCGCGUUCCUGCCGACAAGUGGCCGAAGAGCCGGGCAGCGUUCUGGGAGUACUGGAACCACAUGCUUGAGACGCUUGAGAUCAACCAAAAUGCGAAGAACGUCUGCAACGAUCUCUGCUACAACAAGCACGGCCCCCUGUGGGUUCGAACAACUCUUCCGAUUAUUCGCGUCUUCACUGCAGAAUGGCUCACGCCUCGUAUGAGGCAGGAGUACGGCCUGAAGCGAAGUCCCAAGGCUUACAAGACGCUCAUGAUGAGCAGCAAGGCUGUCUACCCAGCAUUACCAAAGUUUAUCCGACAUUAUCCCGUGCGAUUCUACCUCAAGGAUAUGAGGAAGCGGAUGAAGAAGACACAGGGCGGCAAGUGGCAAUGAAACGCUAUGCAUGACAUGAGAGACGGCCGUGAGUUGAUGACUCAGAAUGCACUUUUGUACUAUUGCCGAUAGAUUCCCUCAUCAUCUCUGCAGAUACCAUAUAGUCACUUCAUAUGUACAGCAUAUCACAUGC